CCCGGGCACCGUCGCCCCUGGCCAUUGCCUUCAUCUCUGUUGUCGCUAGUCAUUGGCAGUUGAACCUCUGCUGUGGGCUGAUGAUUUGCUGCUGCUCGAAUGAAGUUUUGAGCAAGGACAUAGAUAAACAAGACUUCGGAGGCUUAAGAUCCAUGUCGAAAGCUGGAUUUUACUUUUGAGCUAAUUCUGAAUUUCUUAUGCCACACUUUGUCAGUGUGUUCAUUUGUCUAUGUUUUGUGGUUUGUUUCGUUUAAUUGAAUUGAUAAUUAAAGACAAUGUCACAGGGUCAGUUUAAGUUGUAGAUUUCAUCACUUUGUACUUGAUUGAUGAAGGGUUUUCUUGCCAAGAUUUUGCUGAACAUGAAAGCAAUGAGCAAAAGGAAGCGACCAGACUUGAAAGUUCCUGCUCCGUACAUGACCGAACAAGAGAAGAUCCUCUACAAUCUAAUCCAGAGUAAGCAAGACUUGGGCAUCUGGUCGUGGGACAUUAAGCGGGAGACUAGCCUCCCUGACAACGUCGUUGACAAGUCUCUCAAGUCCCUCCGCAGCAAACUCCUGAUCAAAGAGGUUGUCAAUGUCCAGUUCAAAGGGCGAAAGCACUACCUUGCCUCCGAGUUUGAGCCCUCCUCUGAGAUCACUGGCGGGAAGUGGUACAACGACCAGGGGUUCCUCGAGACCGAGUUCAUCAACUUCCUUAAGGACCAGUGCUUGAAGCACAUCCGGAAUCUGAAGAUUGCGACCGUGGACACGGUCGCGAACGCUGUCCGGAGGUCCAGGGUUCUGAAGAUUGACUGCUCUAGUCAGGAGAUUGGGGACAUCGUCAGGGCAUUGGUUUUGGACAAUGACGUGAUCGAAAUGAGGAGCAAUGGACUGGGGGAGUUUGCUUCUGUCCCGACUGGUAGGAUGUGUUAUAAGUGUAGGAGGUCACCUGAUGCCAUGAAGGAACCGAGAGUUGGGGUGAUGGCUUGGAUACCUUGCGGGGUCUGCCCACGGAUAGCCCGUUGUAUGCCUGGAGGCACCAUUUCUCCAAUGACUUGCGAGUACUAUAGUAAGUGGUUGGAUUUUUGAGUGAUGACCUUCUUUGGAUGUGUUUGCUGGCAUAAGAUAUAUCAGUGUUCUUCUAUUCGAAAGGCUUUGUCACUGGAAGACAAUUUAUUUGUGUGGCGUGUCAGCAAACCUUUGCAUUGCAGCCCUGUAAAUACCUGCUAGUAUCUGAUACUUGAUAUUCAUAGAUGUAGAAAUAUUAUUACUUUCUCAUGUCAUCUAAAUGCUACUUGCUAUUUCCACUGA